AGUUGAUAUCAUGGGGCCUCAAUUUUUUAUUCGGUUGGCAAGCCGGCCAGGGUGGUCACAAAAGGGUCACGCUUGGCAGAAACCCGCUACAGGAUACCAGUGGUGCAUUCGCAUUCAUUCACUCCCACCCUCACCAGCUUGACAGUUCACGGUUGGUAUCUAAACCGGAAGCAAUACCGUGGUCGGUGAUGUUGUCAGCUUGUCACUCUUCAAUUGUUUUGUUCACAGUCACCGUCUACCCAAGGUCAAACACGUCUGCGCUGAGUUGAGACACCACGACCAUGAACAAACCUAUGCAAAUCCUCAGAAUGACCCUGCGAUUUUUAUCUGUACCGCUACGUUUGAGGCGAUUCCAUGUCCCGGCCAUACUGACCUUGAUUGUGUUGGUCGUCGUACUCUCGGCCAACUCUUCUUUCCGUCACGUUGGUAUUACACCACCUGCCUGGUUGUCAGGUUCGCUCCACGGUUUCCCCUGGGGCAAGAAGCACCCUGCCAAUCCACCGCCAACGCUCCCCGAACUCAAAAUUCUCGACCUCGCAAACAGCAGAGACACAGACAACUCAACAGUUGCCCAAGGAGAGCCCGCAUUCUGCACUCAACGCUUCGGGCCUGCUUAUCUCCAAAACUUGCGAGACAAUGCGAUUGAAUACUGCAAGGCCGCUUCAGGGGAGCGUUCAAAGUCCUUUCGCUUGACCUGUUUCCACAGCCACACGCGCAGCAACGGCGAGCCGGACUCGCUCUGCAUUGCUCAGGGUGCCAUAUUUGACGUGGAAAAAGAGAAAUCCAUAUUCGAUUGUUCCAUAAGGCCGCCGACGUCUGAAGAAAUACGGCGCGGAUUGGUUCCAUUUAACCAAAUCCCGGCCUAUUGGUACGAAACGGGACCAAAGGAAAUAGUUGACCGAUAUGUCGAUUUUCAAAACAAACCAUCAGAAAAUCUAGGGGAUAAUGCCAACAGUGCCAAAGGACAGCGGCCAUUACCCAUUAAUAUUUUAAUCAAGCGUGAAGGCUCUGCUCACCCAUGGCACACGCUCAUGGAAAUUUGGUCUUUGGCAAACACGAUAGAUGUGUUGCGGUUAAGUGCCGACCCCGAGGCCGGCGGUGCGUUUUUUACUGUGCCAAAUGACGCCAAAAGGACGCAGACGAUCAUUUUGGACAACAACGAGGACGGUCCGUUUUACGACCUUUGGGCUUUAUUUACAGGACGCAAGCCCGUCCGACUUUCGGCUGCUCUCGAGGCCCUGAAGAAAGGCGAUUUGGCGGUUGAUACCACGUUAGCCCUCUCACCAAGCCAAUUGUACGAAGUUGUUAUACCGCUGGCGGGCGCCGCCAACCCGCUAUGGCAAAACGACUGGGAUGAUCGCGACUGCAAAGAUGCGCCACUACUCAAGGUCUUCGUGCGCCGCGUACUUCACCAUCUUGGCCUUGAGCGAUUCGAGCCCCCGACUAUGCCGCUUUCGCCCAGCCCCAACAAAAAGAUAAAACUGACUUUUAUCGACCGCCGCGGUUCCCGUAAGCUUUUGGGUCAGGAAAAGCUGCUUGAGGCGACGCGCCGCGCGCAUCCUGACGUUGAGAUCCGGUCCAUUGACUUUGCCUCAUUAUCCUUCGUCGAGCAAAUUCGGCUCGUGCGCAGCGAGACCGACAUAUUGGUUGGCGCGCAUGGUGCCGGACUCACACAUAUCAUGUUCCUGCAGGGUGAAUGGGAGGGCGGCGGAAAGGCCGUGGUCGAGAUCCAGCCCGAAAAGAUGAGCUACAAGGGCUUUCGCAAUCUCGCGUACAUGCUGGGGCACGAAUACUUUGUCGCAAAAGCCGAGACCUUGUCAAAAGAGGACUUGGAUAGGGAAAGAAUCGAGGCCGAAGCCAAGGCCAAGCAAAAAGCAGAUGCGGUGAAAGAAGAUGCAGUCCCAGUCCCAUCUUCACUGGCUGCGCUAGAAAACACAAACUACGCCAACGAGGGGGCGGAGGAAAAGAAACAAAUGGGAAAAAGAAUGCCCAAAACAUUAUUGGAUCAAGAAUUGGAGAACAACAUCCUUUAUAAACCAGGCACGCAUCUGACAAAACGAGACAAGUGGCACUUUGCCGACCUUAGGAUUGGCGAGAACGAGUUUUUGGAGCUGAUCGGCGCAGCUGUUCAAUAUGUAAAGAGCAAGCAGUAGAUAUAGUCUCAGGGCUCAUCCCUGAAGCCCGUAGCUCCGCAAUUGAGCCUGUGGCAAGAUCGCUUCGGUUCAGAGCGUGAUCUUUUCGACCAAUCAAAUCGGUCGAAAAGCUAUGUGUCUGGUAAGGGGUCUAGGCUGAGCACUGAGACUACAGUUUUGGGGCGUUAAGUUUGCCGUGAAUUUUCUCGAUAUAAUUGUUCCAUUUUAUUGCAUUGUUGAUGAUGUGAUCUUUUUUUUUAUUUAUUUUUGCAUGCGGGGCAGGGAAAGGGUCUGUCGUAU